UUUUUUUUUUUUUUCAUUUGCAAAUAUUAAGCGACAAUGAAGACAAAUCCUCAAGCUAAGCGCAAUGCUACCAAACUAUAUGAAAAGGUCACGAAGAAUAACAAUGUCGAGACCCAUCUCCAAGCAUUUCCGUGCACCUCACCGCCCUACAAUCAGUUUGACAUGAUUUGUAAUAGUUGCUUAGAAGAACAACCUUGUUCGUUCAUAGGAUUACGAUUAUUCGAUAUCUCAACCAUCGAUGGAGGUUUAGUCUACGGACCUUACUUUCCUGACACUAAAAAGGACGAUAUAUUGCGCAGCUGCCGAAGCCGUCGCUUUAACCGCAAGCCAUAUUCACCAGGUGCCAAAAAUUACGCCUCGAAUCAAAUUCGUUCAACACUUCGACGGGUAUUGAAACUUUUAAUGGAUGCUCGCCCUUACUACAACGACGAAAUUAUUCAACAGUAUUACGCUGAAGGUUACAAACAUUUGUGUGAUACUUGUUCUACCAGUAUAUUCGACAAACACUAUAUAUGUGCUAGCUGUGGCAUGGAGAUAUGCAUCGCUUGCUAUGAUGAUUUGCGAAACAAGAUCGAGGGAGCCCAUACCCACCCCAAGUCUGCCGAUAACAAGCAUGCUCGAGCUGAAUUUAUCUUGUUCUCCAAGUCCGCUAAAAAAUCGAACUCUGCUUUAAUCGACAGCACAAUUUCCGAGGAUGGUCGCUCUUUAAUGCACAGUGACAAGAUGGAUAACUAUCAAGAUGCUUCUCCUAUGGUAACUACAUCCCUUGAUACCAGCUCAAUAGGUGAUCAAUAUGACAAUAGUUAUAUAAACGCUGCUACAGGUUCUAAUAAUCAAUUGCCAGGUGACGCCAAUUCCCCCAUUGGAUGUGCCGAUAACCUUAAUUCGCCAUAUGUCUAUGUUAAUGAACCACGCGGUGUUGUUACGCCUACUUACAUUAGCUCGCCACACUCGAGCCAAAGUACAGUCACUGAUCAGUCACUAUACUUUGAUUGUGAUAAUCAAUUACCACCUCUUACUGACAUUGCACCCGGUGCACGUCAGUCAACUAUCUCCAGCUCCAACAGUAUUGGCUCGGAUAGAUCCAAUGUCACUAGUUUUUCCCCCACAUUCCGGGAUAUCGAGACAUCAAGUUCAAUUGACUUGGAUUCUUAUUCCAUCCUUUCUGUCAACGAUGGUGUCGGCUCUGCUCUAUGGAACCAAUUAUACAGACCAUGUACACGUGCAGAUAUCCUUGAUAAUGUACAAACUAACUUAUCAACUUACGAUAAUAAUUUGCUCCAACCCGUUAUCUCACCAGACGAGGUCUAUGAAGAACCCAUGUACUAUGCCAAGGAUGAGCACUACUCAUUGUUCGAUUACGACUGGACCCCGCCCAGCCAGCAGGUGGACUACAUAUCUGAACGCAUCCAAUGGGAUUACUCUGACUUCUAUGGGGAUUACUUCUCACAUGGCUAUUAUAACGCCGAUAAUUUCGAAUUCGGACAGAACCCUAUUGGUUUCUACUAUCCUAAUCCGCAGGCCGAAUACUUGGUGAGUCUUUGUAGUCAGCGAUACACCUCGGCUGACUUACGUGACGGCUCUGUACUCUACCAUGAUGCCCUUGAUGUUAAGGAGGAGUUAUUAUAA